AUGCAGGUGGCAGCGCCAGGGCAGACGCUGUCGAGUACCCUCAGCUUUUGGGCGGACGUGUCUUAUGGCGAUACGCCCCCUGCAGCUCUGGUCGACUACCCGCCGCUGGGGUUCGAGGAGGACAGCAGCAUCCUCACCGUCGAGGCGCUACAAGCAAGCAGAGAUGCCGCCGCCGCUGACGGCCGCCGGCAACUUGGGCGCAAGACUCAGCGCCUUAGCGAAGAUGUAGAUGGGUCAGCGCAUCCGGCGGUCUUGUUAGGCGUCAAGGAGGAGUUGUCCACACUGGCCGUUGCCCGUGAAGGGCUCGGGGGAGAGGAGGGGCCUGCAUGGUUGCAGCCUCCACUGCUCCUGCGGCUGGAUGAUGGGCUGGAGGACAGGCAGUUUGUAGCGUCCACGACCACCGGUCGCAUGGCGCCUCUCCCUCACCUCCGCUACGAAAGUGCUGGCCUGCUGGCAGUGGUGUACGUCCAUAGCUCGGGAAUCGCGUAUGUCGGCUACCCGCACGCCUCAGACACGGCGUCGAGCGCCGAGCCUACCGACGGUCUUGUGCGACGAGCUGAGGACGUGCCGCCGGUCAAUCCUUUGGCGGUGGGACCACCGACUUCACCAUCUUGGCAGCAACUGCCGCCGGCGCCCAUCUGCUCGUUGCCCAUGAGCUCUUCCACCGGCUUCGUGCGCGGCCUACUAGGCUUAAGCUGA